AUGUCGCUCAGUUUUCGUGACUCGUUCUCUUAUAGAAACACUAACACCAACGUUGUCAAAAUUAGAGACAACGUCAAUAUGAGAAUCGAAAGUGUGAAUACCCAAGUCGCGACGAUACGCUUUGUAGAUGAUCAAGACAACUGUAUACGUGUUCCGCAAGGACUGACUGUGAGAGAUGUCUGUGAAAACGCAAACGUAAGACCCCGUAGACAAGAAUUUCUAAUUUCGUGGGUCUCAAAUUACGAUAUAUACCUUCAUGGUGAGAAUGUAAUAUCCCUCGUUAAUCAGAAACAACAAGCUGUAAGAGGGAUUGAUGCUUUUACAUAUUCCACUACUGAUGACGAGGACAGCGAUGGCGAUGAUGACAGUAAUAGCGAUUAUGGGAAUGAUGAAGACGAAGAUUGGGAACAGUUAAUCCGAAAUCAUAAUGAUGACAUCCGUAGGAUUAUUACACAUGGAUACGAAAUAUUAACUAUACCAUUACGAGGAAGAAGAAUUUGGAAUAUAUUCUCAACUAGACGCAAUACUCGAGGAGGAACUACUCUGUUACACUCAAACCGUGGGGCUUUUCAAGUGACUUUGUCUAGGAACAUUUAUAG